GAGGCGGCGAGCGGGCGCCCGAUGGGCCGCGGCACGCCCGCGCAGGCGGUGCCGCAGGUGCUGCUAGCGGCCCCCCAGGGCAGGACCCGCUUUUACGAGACGCCGGCGCUGGUGCUGGCGGAGUGGCGGCCGUUGUCGCCAGGCCUUGGCGGCUCGGGCCCCGCGGCGUCCUCGAGCGGCCCCGGCGGCGGCGCGGCAUCGUCGGUUGGCGCGGGCUGCCCGCCUCCGGCGGAGGCUGCGGCAGCGGGCGGGCCGCGGCGGGAGGAGGGCUGGAGCUCGGCGGACUGGGGGAAGCUGUGCAGCCUGGCGCAGACGCUCGAGACCUACGAGCCGGGGCGGAUGGACAUGGAGGAGCUGCGGGACGUGCUGGCGCAGGCCCGCGAGGUGCGCGAGUGCCUCGGGCGGCUCGAGAGGAGCGCGCUCGCUCGGCUGGAGCACUCCCAGUGAGCCCUGACGGCUCGGAGGAGGGGCCGGCCGAGGCAGCUGUGCUUGGCCGUCGCGGGGGGGGGGCCUCCUCGUCGCCGCGGCUGGGCCCAGCUCGAAGCACGUGUCGUUUGGUGCCCCG